CGAAUAAGUGAUUAUUAAGUACCUACUGGGAUUACAGUAAUAUUAGGUAGUAUGGCCCAGGACAGUACAGCAGAAAAGGGAAAGUUCCCAAUGUAUCGUACUGUAAAUUGUACAGGUUUGCAACAACCACCGAUAGGAUACUGAUAAGCUUGUCUGCUAUUGGCAGCGUUGUAGCAGGACUAAUGUUGCCAUUUUCCAUUAUUACGGUGGCCGGCAUCUUUAACGUAAUGGUAGAACAUGAGAAGAAUAUACUACUGUCCAAGCCUAUUGACAAUGCCAAGUUUUUGGAAGCCCUUCAUAAAUUUGGACUUCAGUACUCAUUGAUAGGUGUCACAGUAGUCGUUUCUUUGUAUGUUGGCACGGCUUUUGUUGAGAUUGCUGCCAUAAAUCAGAUCUAUCAGAUAAAGCAAGCGUAUUUAAGAGCCGCAAUGCACCAGGAUAUGGCCUAUUUCGACCAGCAACAGACAGGGGACUUUGCUUCGAAAAUGGCAGAUGAUAUUCUGAAACUAGAGGAUGGCAUCGGUCUUAAGGUAUCAACCUUCGUGUACAACAUGACUGGCUCCAUGAGCGCCUUCGUCAUGGCGUUCCUCAAGGGAUGGAAACUCACGCUCCUUUGCCUCAUAAUGGCCCCCGUAACAUUGCUCUUGCUUUUGGUGUCUGGUAUGAUAGCAAACCGAUUGGUCAAGAAAGAAACAGUUGAGAGCGGUCGAGCAAGCGCCAUUGCCGAAGAAGUGAUCAGUUCAGUCCGUACCGUGUAUGCGUACAAUGGGCAGGAAAAGGAAAUCGAGAGAUAUAAGGAGCCUCUUGCUAAAGCACGACAAAUUCGUAUAAAGAAAGAUAUUUUGUCGGGACUAGCGAUGAGCUUACUGACUUUAGGAACGUUUUGCUCCUACGGCUUGUCCUUUUACUUUGGCGCUUAUCUCAUGAUCAACGAGCCUCAGUCGUAUGAUGCCCAUGUCAUGUUCUCUGUAUUUUUUGGCGUUGUACAUGGUUUACAAUAUUGUGGGAUGGCGGGUUCCGUGGCUAACACCUUCGGGUCUGCCUGCGGCGCGGCCGCCCAAAUCUUCCGCCUCAUAGACAACACGCCCAGUAUAAAUCCUUAUAAGGAGACGGGACUGAAACCUUUGAGUUUUCAAGGCAAUAUAGACCUCAAAAAUGUUAUGUUCAAUUAUCCUACAAGACCGGAUGUAAUGGUCCUUAAAAACAUCAACUUAAGUAUAAAGCGAGGGCAGUCAGUGGCGCUCGUGGGGCACUCUGGUUGUGGAAAAUCCUCCAUCAUACAACUUUUAACCAGAUUCUAUGAUGUCGAUGCAGGCAGCGUGCGCAUGGACGGGCACGACGUUCGCAAUCUAUCAGUGCGGUGGUUGCGCGCACAAAUCGGUCUGGUGGGGCAGGAGCCUGUGCUGUUCAACACGACUGUCCGCGAGAAUAUCCGCUACGGCCGGGAGGACGCCUCCAACGCCGACAUACGAGCGGCCGCUGAGCAGGCGAACGCGCAUCAUUUCAUAAUCAAAUUACCUAUGGGUUACGACACGCUCGUCGGAGAGCGAGGUGUCUCCAUGUCAGGAGGCCAGAAGCAGCGCAUAGCCAUCGCCCGUGCUCUAGUGCGCAACCCUAGCAUCUUGCUUCUGGAUGAAGCCACCAGCGCGCUUGACAUGGCUUCAGAAUUGGAGGUUCAACUGGCUUUGGAAAAGGCUUCAAAAGGACGAACAACCGUAAUCGUAGCUCACCGGUUAUCGACGAUCAGGAACGCGAAUUUAAUCUGUGUGAUAAAAGACGGAGUCAUUGCUGAAGAAGGAAGCCACACGGAAUUGGUCGCCAAGAAAGGGAUCUAUUACGAAAUGGUGAAGCUUCAGGAGCCAGAUUUUAUUGAUGCUGGAUCUGUGCACAAGGACAUAUCUAUAAGUGAACAUGAUAUUCCGGAUGGUACACCAGCUUUAUCUCAAGAAGAAGAGAAGGAAGUAAAACGAGUAAGUUAUAGAAAUGCCCUAGCGCUUAACGCACCGGAAUGGAAGUGGAUAUUAGUCGGAUGCAUCUGUGGUUUUAUUGUGGGAUUCACAUUACCUCUAGCUGUUCUGGCUUUUGGCCAGUUAUUCGGGUCAUUAUCCAAUCCAGAUCCAGGUCUCAUGUUAAAAAACGUAUCUCACAUAUCAUUGGCAUGUGUUGGCAUAGGCCUCGCCAUUGGAUCUUCGUACUUUUUACAAGCGGUGUGUUUUGGGCUGGCGGGCGCGCACCUCACAGAGCGCCUGCGAUCAAAAAUGUUUACGCAUAUGCUACACCAGGACAUCGCGUUCUUCGACGAGCGAGCUAAUUCUACGGGCGCGCUAUGCGCACGGCUGUCUGCUGAGGCGGCACACGUGCAGGGAGCAACAGGUCAUCGAAUCAGCACAUUAGUUCAAUGCAUUGGCACCGUUGUCCUAUCCCUGGGCCUGGCCAUGACAUCCGAAUGGCGGGUAGCUUUGGUGGCACUGGCAUUUGUUCCUCUCGUGUUGCCCGUCUUUUACUACCAAAAUGGCAUCGCUACCAUUGUGGCUUCAAUGAAUGCUAAGGCUGUUGAGAAGAGCACUCAGAUAGCAGUAGACGCGUUGUCCAACAUCCGCACGGUAGCGUCCCUGGGACGCGAAUCUGCUUUUGUACGGGACUACGUAGCUCAGCUGGCCCUGACGCUGCCGUUCGCCAAACGCGGAGCUCAUCUCUUUGGCCUAGUCACCGGCCUGUCCCGAGCCAUGUUCAACUGGAUGAACUCUGCAGCCCUCGUUUACGGCGGAUACCGGGUCGCAUACGAGCGAUUGCCUUAUGAGAAAAUUUUGAUCACAACGCAAUGUAUUCAAAUGGCUGCAGGCACAGCGAACGAAGUGUUGUCGUACAUGCCCGACUUCCAGAAGGGAAUGUCGGCGGCGGCUCGUGUGUUGGAUCUGCUGAACACGAGGCCCACUGUCGUGGAUCCUAAGGAUCCUGUCACUGGCUUUAAGGUAUCUUCGGGUGAGAUACAUUUUAAAGACAUUGAGUUCCAUUAUCCGAACAGACCUGGCAUUACGGUUCUGCAGCAGCUCAACCUUGAGGUACCAAAUGGGAAAACGAUAGCUUUAGUCGGUCGAAGCGGUUGUGGCAAGAGCACGAUAAUACAGCUGUUGUUAAGAUACUACGACCCUUGUGCGGGUACCGUGUCAUUAGAUGGCGUGCCACUGCCCCGAUUACUGAUGAAGGACUUGCGCGCGAGCUUCGGGCUGGUGGCCCAGGAGCCAGUGCUGUUCGACUUGACAAUCGCACAGAACAUCGCUUUCGGACAGAACGACCGGGUGGUAACGCGCGACGAAAUCAUUGAAGUUGCGAAACAGGCCAAUGUGCACAGUUUUGUGGUCACUUUACCACUGGGCUACGACACAAACAUCGGCAAGAAAGGCACCCAACUGUCCGGGGGUCAGAAACAGCGGGUGGCAAUCGCGCGCGCGCUGCUUCGCAAACCCAAAAUUCUGCUGCUAGACGAGGCUACCAGCGCACUAGACACCGAGAGCGAAAAGGUAGUCCAAGAAGCGCUAGAGUCUGCCGCGGCGGGACGCACAUGCGUCAUGAUUGCGCAUCGCCUGAGCACCGUACGCUCCGCCGACCUUAUCUGCGUACUACAGAACGGUCGUGUCGCUGAGCAGGGCACGCACCAGGAACUCAUGGACCGCCGUCAGCUGUACUACCACAUGCACACCAACCAAAUAACUGAAAGCAAAAAUCCAGAUUUCCCAGUAGGCGCGCUGGUUAUGGGCCACUUCGGGUGGCGCACGCACACGAUCGUUCACCCUGACAACGAGAAGCUGUGCGGGCAGAAGCCAUACAUGUAUAAAUUGCCGGAUUUCGGAGGACUGCCCGUGGAGUUGGGGCUGAGUAUGUGUGGGAGAGUUGGCAAUACUGCCUAUUUCGGCUUCACGGAAAUCUGCAAACCAGUAGCUGGAGAAACUGUAGUAGUGUCUGGAGCGGCGGGCGCCGUCGGCUCGCACGUUGGACAAAUUGCUAAAAUUUUAGGUUGCAAAGUAAUCGGUAUAGCCGGGUCGGACAACAAAUGCGCCUGGCUAGUCAACGAGCUAGGUUUCGAUUACGCGGCCAACUACAAAACCGAAAACAUCGCAGACUACCUCAAAAAGAACGCUCCCAACGGCGUGGACUGUUACUUUGACAACGUAGGUGGGGAGCUUAGCAGCACUGUAGUGGCGCAUAUGAACGAGUUCGGCAGGGUCGCCGUGUGCGGGGCUAUCUCGAUCUAUAAUGAGACUGAUCCUAUGAAGCGUAAAGUACAGAUCUAUCAGAUAAAGCAAGCGUAUUUAAGAGCCGCAAUGCACCAGGAUAUAGCCUAUUUCGACCAGCAACAGACAGGGGACUUUGCUUCGAAAAUGGCAGAUGAUAUUCUGAAACUAGAGGAUGGCAUCGGUCUUAAGGUAUCAACCUUCGUGUACAACAUGACUGGCUCCAUGAGCGCCUUCGUCAUGGCGUUCCUCAAGGGAUGGAAACUCACGCUCCUUUGCCUCAUAAUGGCCCCCAUAGCAAACCGAUUGGUCAAGAAAGAAACAGUUGAGAGCGGUCGAGCAAGCGCCAUUGCCGAAGAAGUGAUCAGUUCAGUCCGUACCGUGUAUGCGUACAAUGGGCAGGAAAAGGAAAUCGAGAGAUAUAAGGAGCCUCUUGCUAAAGCACGACAAAUUCGUAUAAAGAAAGGCGCGGCCGCCCAAAUCUUCCGCCUCAUAGACAACACGCCCAGUAUAAAUCCUUAUAAGGAGACGGGACUGAAACCUUUGAGUUUUCAAGGCAAUAUAGACCUCAAAAAUGUUAUGUUCAAUUAUCCUACAAGACCGGAUGUAAUGGUCCUUAAAAACAUCAACUUAAGUAUAAAGCGAGGGCAGUCAGUGGCGCUCGUGGGGCACUCUGGUUGUGGAAAAUCCUCCAUCAUACAACUUUUAACCAGAUUCUAUGAUGUCGAUGCAGGCAGCGUGCGCAUGGACGGGCACGACGUUCGCAAUCUAUCAGUGCGGUGGUUGCGCGCACAAAUCGGUCUGGUGGGGCAGGAGCCUGUGCUGUUCAACACGACUGUCCGCGAGAAUAUCCGCUACGGCCGGGAGGACGCCUCCAACGCCGACAUACGAGCGGCCGCUGAGCAGGCGAACGCGCAUCAUUUCAUAAUCAAAUUACCUAUGGGUUACGACACGCUCGUCGGAGAGCGAGGUGUCUCCAUGUCAGGAGGCCAGAAGCAGCGCAUAGCCAUCGCCCGUGCUCUAGUGCGCAACCCUAGCAUCUUGCUUCUGGAUGAAGCCACCAGCGCGCUUGACAUGGCUUCAGAAUUGGAGGUUCAACUGGCUUUGGAAAAGGCUUCAAAAGGACGAACAACCGUAAUCGUAGCUCACCGGUUAUCGACGAUCAGGAACGCGAAUUUAAUCUGUGUGAUAAAAGACGGAGUCAUUGCUGAAGAAGGAAGCCACACGGAAUUGGUCGCCAAGAAAGGGAUCUAUUACGAAAUGGUGAAGCUUCAGGAGCCAGAUUUUAUUGAUGCUGGAUCUGUGCACAAGGACAUAUCUAUAAGUGAACAUGAUAUUCCGGAUGGUACACCAGCUUUAUCUCAAGAAGAAGAGAAGGAAGUAAAACGAGUAAGUUAUAGAAAUGCCCUAGCGCUUAACGCACCGGAAUGGAAGUGGAUAUUAGUCGGAUGCAUCUGUGGUUUUAUUGUGGGAUUCACAUUACCUCUAGCUGUUCUGGCUUUUGGCCAGUUAUUCGGGUCAUUAUCCAAUCCAGAUCCAGGUCUCAUGUUAAAAAACGUAUCUCACAUAUCAUUGGCAUGUGUUGGCAUAGGCCUCGCCAUUGGAUCUUCGUACUUUUUACAAGCGGUGUGUUUUGGGCUGGCGGGCGCGCACCUCACAGAGCGCCUGCGAUCAAAAAUGUUUACGCAUAUGCUACACCAGGACAUCGCGUUCUUCGACGAGCGAGCUAAUUCUACGGGCGCGCUAUGCGCACGGCUGUCUGCUGAGGCGGCACACGUGCAGGGAGCAACAGGUCAUCGAAUCAGCACAUUAGUUCAAUGCAUUGGCACCGUUGUCCUAUCCCUGGGCCUGGCCAUGACAUCCGAAUGGCGGGUAGCUUUGGUGGCACUGGCAUUUGUUCCUCUCGUGUUGCCCGUCUUUUACUACCAAAAUGGCAUCGCUACCAUUGUGGCUUCAAUGAAUGCUAAGGCUGUUGAGAAGAGCACUCAGAUAGCAGUAGACGCGUUGUCCAACAUCCGCACGGUAGCGUCCCUGGGACGCGAAUGCUUUGUACGGGACUACGUAGCUCAGCUGGCCCUGACGCUGCCGUUCGCCAAACGCGGAGCUCAUCUCUUUGGCCUAGUCACCGGCCUGUCCCGAGCCAUGUUCAACUGGAUGAACUCUGCAGCCCUCGUUUACGGCGGAUACCGGGUCGCAUACGAGCGAUUGCCUUAUGAGAAAAUUUUGAUCACAACGCAAUGUAUUCAAAUGGCUGCAGGCACAGCGAACGAAGUGUUGUCGUACAUGCCCGACUUCCAGAAGGGAAUGUCGGCGGCGGCUCGUGUGUUGGAUCUGCUGAACACGAGGCCCACUGUCGUGGAUCCUAAGGAUCCUGUCACUGGCUUUAAGGUAUCUUCGGGUGAGAUACAUUUUAAAGACAUUGAGUUCCAUUAUCCGAACAGACCUGGCAUUACGGUUCUGCAGCAGCUCAACCUUGAGGUACCAAAUGGGAAAACGAUAGCUUUAGUCGGUCGAAGCGGUUGUGGCAAGAGCACGAUAAUACAGCUGUUGUUAAGAUACUACGACCCUUGUGCGGGUACCGUGUCAUUAGAUGGCGUGCCACUGCCCCGAUUACUGAUGAAGGACUUGCGCGCGAGCUUCGGGCUGGUGGCCCAGGAGCCAGUGCUGUUCGACUUGACAAUCGCACAGAACAUCGCUUUCGGACAGAACGACCGGGUGGUAACGCGCGACGAAAUCAUUGAAGUUGCGAAACAGGCCAAUGUGCACAGUUUUGUGGUCACUUUACCACUGGGCUACGACACAAACAUCGGCAAGAAAGGCACCCAACUGUCCGGGGGUCAGAAACAGCGGGUGGCAAUCGCGCGCGCGCUGCUUCGCAAACCCAAAAUUCUGCUGCUAGACGAGGCUACCAGCGCACUAGACACCGAGAGCGAAAAGGUAGUCCAAGAAGCGCUAGAGUCUGCCGCGGCGGGACGCACAUGCGUCAUGAUUGCGCAUCGCCUGAGCACCGUACGCUCCGCCGACCUUAUCUGCGUACUACAGAACGGUCGUGUCGCUGAGCAGGGCACGCACCAGGAACUCAUGGACCGCCGUCAGCUGUACUACCACAUGCACACCAACCAGUAGCUACCGAUACUCACUGACUCGCACCGCGCUGCCGACCUCAUUUCCGUGCUGCAAGGCAGCUGCGUCGCUGAGCGUAGCACGCACACCAACCAAUAGCUGCCCCACCGCGGAAGACAGACGGAACUUCUUAUCUCUCGCUAGAUGUCGCCAUUACACUGAAGCUAGUAGCGCCAUCUUGUAACAACAAAAUUAAACAUUAAUAAAUAGCGUGAAGAUUCUGCGCGUUGUUCACUAUCAUUUAUCAU